UGCGCCACGGAAGUUGUUGUACGUGCGUCAUAUUUUUGCGUCGUCGCGCUCGUACGUGAAGGUGUCUGCUUUGAAAACUAACCAUGGCUCGAAACGCAGAAAAGGCCAUGACGGCCUUGGCCAGGUUUCGUCAAGCCCAACUAGAAGAAGGAAAAGUGAAGGAGAGACGGCCGUAUCUUGCCUCAGAAUGCAACGAGUUGCCUAAGGCGGAAAAGUGGAGACGACAGAUCAUCAGUGAAAUUUCAAAGAAGGUGGCACAAAUUCAAAACGCUGGUUUAGGAGAAUUCAAGAUCCGUGACUUGAACGAUGAAAUCAACAAACUUCUCCGUGAGAAGGGCCACUGGGAGGUUCGAAUCAAAGAACUCGGAGGCCCAGAUUAUGCAAGAAUCGGACCAAAGAUGCUGGAUCAUGAGGGCAAAGAAGUGCCAGGAAACCGAGGUUACAAAUAUUUUGGUGCUGCGAAAGACCUACCUGGAGUCAGAGAGCUAUUUGAGAAAGAACCUGUAGCACCACCUAGAAAAACGAGGGGUGAGCUGAUGAAGGACAUCGAUGCUGAGUAUUAUGGAUACCGUGAUGAGGAUGAUGGUGUGUUAGUGCCCUUGGAACAAGAAUAUGAGAAACAAGCAAUAGCGGAAGCCAUUGAUAAAUGGAAAGCAGAAAAAGAGGCUCGUUUUGCCGGAGGCGGAGGGGCAAAAGAGUUGGAAGAAGAGGAAGAAUACAUAUAUGCUGUCAAAGAUGAUGAGUCUGAUGAUGAGAUGAGGGAACAGAUGGAGGGGGAAGAUGGAGCACAAACGUUUAUUGCUCAUGUACCCGUGCCGUCCCAGAAAGAGAUCGAAGAAGCCUUGGUCAGAAGAAAGAAGAUGGAGUUGCUCCAGAAGUACGCCAGCGAAAGCUUAAUGGCACAAAGUGAAGAAGCUAAAGCGCUGCUUGGCUUGUAAAGACACCUACGUACCUACGUCUUAGUUCACGCAUUUUAUUGUUUAUUCUGACGGGGUUCAGGUGAUGAAGGGUAAAUGUGUAUAAUGCCAUUCAAAAAUUGAUAAGUGGAUCCCCUGAAUCUAUGUGACUGUCCAACUCCACAAAAACUGCAUGGCAGCAGCUUAUAUAUGGAUACAUAUACAUGUCAUUUGUUUUAAGAGGAGUGCUUUAUGAUGUGGUACCAUGUUUCACCAGCCAUUAUCAAAUGUAAAACACUGUAUGUCCCAAAGUUUUUUGACACCUUACAAUCACACCCGUAAGUUAUUGUUGACCAUCCCUUUCCAGAUUUAGUUCUCCUUUGCAGGUACAAUAUCCUCCAUUCAUCUGAGAAGGGUUUGCACUAUAUUAUAAAAUGUGGCUAUGGGGAUUUUUGCUCAUUUCAGCCACAAGAGCAGGUGCUGAUGCUUGAUGAGAAUGUCUGGGGUACAGGUAGCGUUCCAGUUCAUCCUAAAGGUGUUCAGUAGGGUUGGAGAUGGAGCUAUAUACAGUUCAGUCAUGUUCUUCUGUACCAGCCUUGACAGACUGUGUCUCUAUGUCUCACUUUGUCAUGCUGGAACAUAUUUUUAUUUCCAGUGAAGGCAAAUUGAAAUGCUUCAACAUCCAAAGAGCUCCCAUACAAUCGUGCUCAUUCUUAGCGCCAACAGUUUGGGAAGGAACAACAUACGAGUCGUGACGUUCAGGUGUCUGUAUUCUUUUGGCCAUAAAGCGGGUUUUGGGGAAAUAUCUUGUUGAGAAUCAACAGCAACAAACAGUUUUUUGUAAAUAAGUUUUCUAUACAAUGCUUACAUUUUUUGGACCAGUAAAAAUUUUUCUAGAAAAGAAAAA